UCCACACGGCGCGAUUACCUGAAAAAGCAACCUAAAAAAGUGUCACAACAACUCAGCAUGCACUUUUAUCUUGUUGUUUGGAAACACAAAGGACUAUAAUUGACCACACUACGCAGGACACAAUACAAGUGGUUUCCCCGUGUUGAAGAUGUGCUCUCUGGCGCUGUUCCCCGCUCCUCUGCCCGCCGGACAGAGCACUCUGUGCGAGUCCAACAACGAGCUGCUGUCCGGAGGAGGCUCCACGGAAGACCGACUCAAACAGGAGUCGAGUCCUCUGAGUUUGUAUUUUCCCCGAGAGUCUCUGAAGCUCCACUGUCGCACAGAAAGCAGCAGCAAGGCAGCCUUCCUGGACCACUCUGAAACACUGUGGAUGAGGAGCGCAGCAGCAUGGCGGGAUGGUGGUUUCACAGGGCUACUGGAUGAAAUUACCAACUCAAAUACAGAAGUGCCUAAAUGGAUGUCAGUGAGUUCUGGCUUCACGCUGGCGUUGAUCCGAUGGUUCUCCUCCUUCCACGGCUCCCUGUUUCCUCAUCUCACAAUGAGCAGUGAGGACAUGCUGGCUGAGUUUUCACAAGUGCUCAACUGGUCGGACUGUGUGGUGCGAGCCUUCGCCUGGCACCCCCACGCAGAUAAGUUUGCUCUAGCCCUGCUGGACGACUCCAUUAAGAUCUACAACCCCAAAAGUGCCACCACCCCCACGCUGAAGCACCGUCUGCAGAAGAGUGUCGCAGCGGUUCAGUGGAAGCCUCUGUGUGCGUCGGCGCUCGCUGUCGCCUGUCAGAACUGUUUACUGGUGUGGCACGUCGACCCCUGCUCCCUGUCCACCAGGCCUUCCUCCGGCUGCGCUCAGGUUCUGUCUCAGCCCGGUCACUCUCCCAUCACGUCCAUCUCCUGGUCGCCGAGCGGCUCUCUGCUGGUGUCCGCCUCCCCCAUGGACACCGCCAUGAUGGUUUGGGACGUGGCUGCAGAGAGCUGUGUGCCUCUUCAGCGUGUCGGAGGGGGGGGGGUCACCUUCCUGUCCUGGUCCCCUGACGGCAGCCAUGUUCUGGCCUCCACGCCCUCAGCCCUGUUCAGGGUUUGGGAAACCAGGAUGUGGACCUGUGAGCGAUGGCCAUGUGUGAAAGGACGCUGCCAGUCUGGCUGUUGGAGUCCAGACGGGAGUCGCCUUCUCUUCACCGUACAGGGGGAGGCGGUCAUCUACGCUCUGACCUUCACUGACUCUCCAGCAGGCGUUUCUUCAUGCACAUCCAAAGGUCCGCAGGCAGCAUCGGUGGUGGCCGACCUAUCAGAGACGACCUUUAACACGGCAGAUGGAGACAUCAUUGUUGGAGGAGAGAUCCAGUCUUUAGCGUGGGACUCAACAGGAGAGAGGCUGGCGGUGCUUCUCAAGGGAGAUCCACAAGCAGCAGACCGGCCUGCAGUCAUAGCCGUGUUCAAGACGAGAACCAACCCCGUCUUUGAGCUUCUGCCUUGUGGUUUUGUUCAAGGGGAGGCCGGCGCUGAGGCCAGACUCAUUCAGUUCAGUCCCAACUUCCAGCACGGAGCUCUGCUCACUGUGUGUUGGUCCAGUGGAAGAAUCACCCACGUGCCUUUCUACUUCCUGAGCACUGGGGUCCCACACUUUGGGCUGGGUGGCAGCCCGUCCCUGCCCCGGCCUCAGGAGAGACCUGCAGACUUCAACCAGUCGCUCUUCACAGAACUCGCCUCUUAACUGUCCCUCACCCACCGUCACACACUCACUCAAGUCAUUUUUGUUAUCAUGGAUUGUUAAUAAAUAUGUACAUUUCUGCUGAACUGA